GAAACGCCUCUACUGUUCCCAAAUUAAAUGUUAGAGGACCCGAACCUAUACAGCUUUAUUUUGAUAUCUAUCUAUUUUGAUAUUUGUAAUAAUUUCUGAUCUUUGUGAAACUACUAUGUCUAUGUUUUAUAUCUAGAAUGAUGGGGAUUAUAUUAGUUUCUAAUGUUGGUCUGUUAAAUUUUCUAUCCUAAUUCCAUAGUUCUAAUCAAAAAUGAAUUAACAUAUUCUGUACCCAAGCAGACAGCCUGUUCUAAUCUCACGACGGUGAUUAUACUGGCAAAUAUGCCAACGACAGAGACAGCCAUGACUAAGAUUUGGUUACCUCCGACCAGCGUGCAUUCUGAGGCUAAUACAUCUAUGGCAAAUGAAGCUGUGACGAGAAACGGCUGCCAACCUGGAUACAAAAUACUUUUCACGACCUGCAUCCGGCUUUAUUCCCGACGAAAUAGUUACUGGGGCGCCAGGGAGGCAUGUGAGAUGGAGGGAGCUACACUAGCCAUGCCUAAAACACAAGAGUUGGAUCUAGCGUUGAGAAACCUUGUCCACACGGAAGGCAAUAACCUCAGUUUUUGGUUCGGUCUGAAGGACAACAACUACUUUCGUCUUCGUAAAAGGCAAUGGAAAUGGGAAGAUGGGUCUGCCUUGGGCAACUACCAAGGAUGGAUUCCAGGAGGGCCAGAUAACCGCAGAUGGACCCAUCGAACAAGACUCUGUGUGCACUACUGGUCAGGGCGCACUGGCUAUCCUAUGUGGAAUGACCGCAGAUGCUCUUGUAGACACAGCUUUAUUUGUCAGACCCUUUUGGCAUAAAUGAAAAAAAAAAAUUGCUUACCUUAUCUAUACAGCGUAUUAUGACAUUCACAUGCAUGUUACAAUUAUAUUACAUGUAUAGAUUUUUUUUGUAUUUAGAUAUGGAGAAAUAGAAAAACAAAUAUAUUUUGUGACUUUGACAUCAAGUACGGCAUGAACGUUUUUCGGUAAUUGAAUUGUAAAAUAACAUUUCGUUAUCGUGAUUUGAUGCACUAUUAAAACGAUACGUUACAUGUUCAAAUUUUCUCACAAUAUCUACACAUACAUUACGUGUGUAAAUAUAGAUUCUAAAUUGCUUCUAGCUGUGUGGCUAUCUUAUUCAUUAAUAGCGUGUCAAGUAUAUACAAGCGUUAAAAAAUUCCACUUUUUUCAUGACAUUCUUCUCUUCGGGUCAAAAAUGUAUAUUGUCGGUUUUUGUUCUUUGAUAUAAAAAAUUAGGCGAAGUAAAGGAAAUUGGGUAAGAUAUAUUUCUUCAAAGAGCUGCGAAUGAAUGCAUCCUGUAUUUUGUUAAGGAAACUUCUAUUCGCUAAUUUGAGUAGAAUUACCAAGUGGUUGACCGGGUGUGAAAUAUCCGGGUUAAGACACGUACGCAACAAUUAGAGCAGAAAGUAAUUGAUUUAGUUGGGUUGCAAAGUAGAAAGAAAAGAAAAUCGAUUGUGCGUACCAAUAAACAAAUAGAUUUAUUCAUUCAGAGUAGAAUGGUUUUUUGAAUUUCUAGAAGGACAGGAUUUCUAGAAAGAUAGGAUUUCGAAACCUUUCAAUUUUGGAAUGGUAAAUGAUGUGAAAUUAGAAUUGGCUUAAGAGAAAUUACUUCAGUGUAACUAGAGAACGAGAUUUACGAUGCCUGGAUCCAACGUUGUUUAAUUGGACUAUUUGGGAUUCAUACAACCAGAGCCGUGAUAUUUAUGUUGUAUUUUGGAAUCUUUAAUAACGUUCAUGUUGUCUUACUGGAUAAGUCAUGGGCUUGUAGCUGAGAGGUAAAAUAUCCAUGUAUACUUGUAUCCAAAACAUCUUACAGCAUAUCUCUAUCAUUGUUGACUGGGCUUUACACGUGGUAUAGGGGAUCGUAAACAGAAUUAAUUAGGCACAUCUUGUUGCUCUAGAUUAGUGAUUUCAUUUCUUUAUGGCUGCAUGUAUUUGUUACGAAGAAAAUCUGCACAUUGGAGACU